CAUUCACACACACUUGUAUAGACAUAAACUCACAAACACCCACACACUCAAAGGACACCGAUGCGAAGUAAGAUUUAGAGCAGAUCUGCAGUCACUCCUUCAGAGACCAACGGUCAGCAUGAAUCUCAAGCUGUGUCUGCUGCUCCUCUUUCUCUGUGCUGUCAUUAUUCCUGCACAGUUUCUUACCUCUCAACAGUUGAAGAAAGAGAAACAUGAGGAACGUGGAAAACAUGAUAAACACCAACCACGAGAUAAAGAAAGGAGGCCUGAUGAUAAACAUAAUGUAAGGAGAGGCAAACAAAGAUUGGCGCGCCUGAAGGCUGAGUUUGAAAGCUCAGAUUACUCUGAUGAUGACGACGAUGCAAACGAUUGGCUGUUUGAGCUUCAAGGUGUAAGAGGAAAAUGCAGUCCAAAUCCAUGCCUGAACGGUGGGGAGUGUGAAGAAAAGAGAGAUAAAUUCAUAUGCAAAUGCCCAAAGCAGUUUGUAGGUAGAAGAUGCCAUAGAGGGAAAAGGGUUUGUAACAUGGGAACCUGUGGGACAGGACUGUGUCUUCUGACCCCUACUCCUCCCUACUACAAGUGCAAGUGUAUUCCACCAUUUGCACCACCAAACUGCAGAUCAACUGCCCCAUGUAAUCCAAACCCUUGUCAGAAUAACGGCAGAUGUGUUGUAGACGAGGGUGAUUUUGAUUGCAUCUGUCCUGAUGGUUACAGUGGACAAUACUGUCAAGUAGGCCCUGAUGACUGCUAUGAGGGGGAUGGACAGUCAUACAGAGGGAAGGUGUCUGAGACAGAAAAUGGGGAUGAGUGUCUCGACUGGAACUCUGAGUUCAUUCUGGAUAAAGGAGUUUUUCCUUCAGUGGCAUUUGCAUCUACUGAAGGCUUGGGACCGCAUAACUUCUGCAGAAACCCUGAUGGAGAUAAGAAGCCAUGGUGCUUUAUAAAGAAGGACAAGAGACUUCGAUGGGAUCACUGUGAUGUCAGAAAAUGUCCCACAAUUGUGUCCACCACUGCUGAAGCUCGACCCACCACAGCUGCAUUCACAGACAGUAUUCCAUCAAAAGAUUUUCUUACCUGUGGUAAACCUCAGCCGAAAAAACAACUAAACCGGAUUUACGGGGGUCUUAAAGCUAUUCCUGGAGCCCAUCCAUGGCAAGUAACAGUACAGGUUAGGCCUAAAGGAUCCAUUGAAGAGUACAGACACAUCUGUGGAGGCACCCUCAUCAAGCCUUGUUGGGUGCUGACUGCUGCCCACUGUAUUGAUAAAAAGCAUGAUUACAGAGUUAUAUUGGGAGGACUAAAUUUGAUACAAAAGGAGCAAACAGAUCAGCCUGUGUUGGUUGAAGAAACUAUCAUCCAUGAGAAGUUCAAGGAAACCCCUGAUGUUGUCUACAAUGAUAUUGCUCUAUUAAAACUGAAAGCUACUAAUGGAGAAUGUGCUAAGGAAACUCAGUUUGUGAAGGCCGCCUGCUUGCCCAAAGAACCGUUUGCAGAUGGAACAGAAUGCAGAAUUUCUGGAUGGGGAGCCACAGAGUCGUCAGAGUAUGGGUCUGUGCAUUUGCUUGAUGCACAGGUUUUGCUGAUUUCUCAGGAGGCUUGUUCCAGCAAUAAAGUAUAUGGAUCUUUGCUGGAUGACGGCAUGUUUUGCGCUGGCUAUCUCAAGGGAGGAGUAGACUCCUGUCAGGGUGACUCUGGUGGGCCUUUAACCUGUGAGAGAAAUCAAACACACUAUAUCUACGGUAUAGUGAGCUGGGGAGACAAUUGUGGGGAGAAGAACAAGCCUGGUGUCUAUACCAGAGUCCUUAAAUAUUUGGAUUGGAUCAAUAAAAAAACAAGUGUCCCACAGUAGCAUGUCCAUGAAAUAUUAGCCAUGGCCACAGUGUUUUCUGUUGUGUACUCUGAUCUACCAGGAAAGUUUGAGAUAAUUCUUCUGAUGAAUUAAAACAUCUUGUGUCAUUGUGUUA